AUGUAUGAAUUUUAUAUCAUUGGUUAAGGGAUCAAAAUAGAUCAAACUGAAGUAAUUGAGAAUAAUUAGAAUCCCGAUUUCAUCAAAACAUUUACUAUAAACUAUUUUUUCUAAGUAUAGUAGCACCUAAAAAUGGAAGUUCAUAACUAAAUAAGUUCUACUUAGACAUAAAUUAUAGGUUAAGCACAAACAACUGUGGCAGAAGUGAUAGGAUCAAAAAACUAAUUGAUUAAAGCUAAUCUAUACAAUCAAAGUGGGAGGAAUAAUGGUUAAAUAUUCUUAAAGGCAGAUCAUGUUAAAUUAUGUAGAGAGGAAUUUUCUAUUUAAUUAUCAGGACUGAAGAUAAGAGGAACUAAAUUAUGGUUUUGGGAUAAAAUUAGUCCAUUUCUAAGGUUCUAUAGACUAAAACAUGAUAUAGAUUUUGGUGUUUUAGUUUAUGAAACUGAAUCAGCAAAAGAUAUGGCUUCAAUUAAAUGGAAGGAGAUACAGUGCCAAGCCUAGAAGUUAUGUAAUGGAGAUUAUUCAAUAUAAAUAAAAGUUGAAUUAUGGGAUUAUAAAAAAUCUGGUAAGCACAAAUAUAUAGGAGAAACUUAAUUUUGUACUAAUGAAUUAAUUGAAUCAAAUAAAGCUAAGAAAAUACUCUAAAAGGAAUUCAGGUCUAUGAGUCAAAGAAAUUAAUCUUUAGGAAUUCUUUAAUUUGAUAGAUUUUCAAUAAUAUCAAAUUAUACCUUCCUAGAUUAUUGUGCUGGAGGUUAAUAGAUAAAUUUAAUGCUUGCUAUUGAUUUCACUGCAUCUAAUGAGGAAUAUCAUAAUCCGAAUUCGCUACAUCAUCUUCCCUCAAAUGGAUAUCCUAGUUAAUACUUAUAGGCAAUUAAUAGUGUAGUUGAAAUAUUGAUACAUUACGAUUAUGACAAAAGAGUUCCACUCUAUGGUUUUGGAUGUAAACCAAAAAUGAAGAAUCACAACACAAGCUAAACAAUUCAUCUUUUCCCUUUGAAUGAUAAUCCUGAUGAUCCAGAAGUUUAUGGACUAGAUGGAAUUGUAGAAUGCUAUAAAAAAUCACUGCCUUAAUUGCAUUUUGAUGGUCCAACCUAUUUGCAUCCAACUCUGUAAAAAGCGAUGGAAAUGGCAAAGAAAUGUAAAAAUUAAGGGAGUGAAAACUAUCAUGUAUUAUUGAUUUUAACUGAUGGAUAAACUGAUGAUAUGUUAGAUUCUAUAGAUGACAUCAUUGCUUCAUCUUAUUUACCUCUAUCUAUCAUAAUUGUUGGUAUAGGGAAUGCUAACUUUAAGAAUAUGAAGAUCUUAGAUAAUGAUAACAAAAGUAUGGUUGAUAGCAAAGGGAACAAAGCUAUUAGAGAUUUGGUUUAAUUUGUUCCUUUUAAUCAAUUCAAAGGGGAUCCAACUCAGCUAUCGAACAAAGUCUUAGAAGAAUUACCUACUUAACUAUUAGAGUAUAUGAAGUUGGUUGAAAUUCGCCCAAAACCUCCAAAAGUUGUCUCUCCGAAUUCAUUCAAGCAUUCUAAUUUGGAGAAUGAAUAAAUUCCUACUCGUUAAGCAAACUAAUAUCCUUUACAAUAAUAUAAAGAUGAAUCCAAAAUUUUAGACACUAAACAGAAUAUUUAUGAUAAACAAUUGAAUAAUUCCAAUAUCUGA